GUAGGUGGAUAAUAUAUGCUAAUGAGGCCGGCAGUGUGCGAGUGCCCCGGGCGGGGAGGUGCUGCCGGCACACAGUGAAUAGACUGGGCAUUGCGUGCUGCUGCUGCUGCUACUACUGACAGCUCGGAUAUUUAAAGCACACAAGGGGGCAGGAAAACACACACACUUCUCGGAGCUGCUGGUAAAACACGUUUCCCACCUCUCUCCAAUCUUUCAUUUCUCUGUCUGCAACUCCAUCCAGCGGGGGGCUGCAAUACACAUACAAGGCAGUGAGUGCAAUACGGGAGAAGGGGAGAGAAAGCAACAAGUCCCUAUAGACUGCAGUAUCCAGACCAGUGACCUGCAGCCGGCACCACAGACUGCAUCCAUCCCAAGUGACAACCAGGGAACCAAGUUCAGUGGCCACCCCUCUGCACUGCCCACUAGUGACCACCUCUGUGCACAGCACAGCGUACACUGACCAGCAGUGUGCAGAGGCAGAGCCUGUGGCCAGCAGUAUACAGUGACCACUUGCUUGGCUAGUCAGGAGGACCGGAGAGUGGCCAGUGCCACUCUGCAGACUUACCGUAGUCUCCUCCAGCCUCCUGCAGUACAGUACCUGCUUCUCUCCCACCUCUGCUGGAUCUCUCACAUGAUAGUGUCCUGCUGAGAAACUCGCCGGCAUCUAUUCUCAUUGCUACACCGAGCGGAGACUCUGGGACUAGGCGAGAUGUUGGUAAAGGGAGAAGCUGGGCAUAAAAUGCACAACUACUCGGUAUGUAAUGGGGGCAAAUCGGAGGAUGAAGCCGGCAGCUGGAGAAAGACUGUGCCCAGUGUAUUGGCUCUUGUGCUGUCUCUUCUUUCCUUGGCAUCCUGUCUGUACCUGAACGUGAAGAGCAUCGACCUGCAGGGCAGGAUGUGGGCACUAGAGCAUGGGCAAUCUGGAGAGGUCUUCCAUGUGCCGGGAUUAUCUGUGGAUCAGCUCAACUCCAUAGUCCAAGAGAAGGUGGACCGGCUUCUGUCCCAGAGGUCAUAUGAAAACAUGGCAAAAAUACGAAUCUCAAGAGAAGCCCCAGCAGAUUGUAACUGCCCAGCAGGCCCUCCAGGGCAACGAGGCAAAAGAGGAAGAAGAGGUGAACCUGAAUCAUAA